AUGAAUUCUAAUCAAUCAACAACAAAUAGCCACAGUCAACAACAAUCGAAUAUACAAUCUUCAUCGCAGCAAUCGACGAUUGCGACAACAACAACAUCGUCAUCAUCCUCUUUGACAAUUGAAAAAAACAGUAGUAGUAAUAACAAUAGCAAUGGAACAGGUACAGCAGCAGCAACAGCAGCAGCAACAACAACAAAUACAAGUUCACUCGUAGAUUUCAAAAACAAUACGAAUGCACAUUGGUACUUUACCAAAGAACAGAUACAGAAGCACUAUGGUGAUGAUGUUAUCGCUACAACAUGUUUAUUUUUAGCAGGUAAAGUCGAAGAGAAACCAAGAAAGCUAAUUGAUGUAUCAUAUUAUUCUUAUAAAGCUCGUUAUAAGAAUUCAGAACUUGCACAAAAUUCUCCUGAGGUGGGAGAACUCGCCACUAAAAUAGUACAAAACGAACACUUAUUGUUGACCACAAUCGCAUUCGAGCUGACGGUCGAACAUCCCUAUAAAUAUCUACUUGAAUAUAUGAAAAUGAUUCAAGGAAGUAAAAAUCUAUGUCAAGUCGCAUGGAAUUUUGUAAAUGAUAGUUUGAGAACCAACCUUUGCCUACGUUAUCCACCGGAUUACAUUUCGUAUGCAUCGGUAUUCCUUGCAUCUAAAUUUUUAAGCUAUCCUCUCACAGGUUCAGAGGGUAAGAAACAAUGGUGGGAGAACUACAACAUCAAACUAGAGGUUCUCGAAGAUAUUAGCAACCAGAUUUUAGAUCUCUACGAAUCAACUUCAAAUAUUUUGAUAAAAGAUCAAAACAACGUUAAUAAUACAAAUCAACAACAAAAUAAUAAUAAUAACAACGGUAAUAGCGGUAACAACAAUAAUAAUAAUAAUAAUAAUAACAAUGGAAACUCGAGUAUAUCACCUAAAAAACAGCAGCAGCAACAACAACAACAACCAACACCAUCUAAACAACAACAACAAAAUUCACAUGAAUUAAAUUCAAAUAGUAAUACUAAUAAUAAUGAACAAGAACAAAAUAAUAAUCAUCAUCAACAACAACAACACAAUUCACAAGAGAAAAUAGCAUCUCCAUCUUCUUCUUCGAAAACAUCAUCGACAUCAACAUCAUCAUCUUCAAAAUCAAAUAAUAGCAACUCUGUUUCAUCGACUGCAACAACAAACAAAGUCGAACAUCAAAGUCCUACACCAAAUUCUUAUCAAUCGCCAACAGUUGGCAGACACCAAUCAUUGUCACCAGGUCCGAGCAACCAAUAUUCACCAUCACCAUCAUCAUCGUCCACCAAUAAACGAUAUUCACCGUACAACAACAACAACAACAAUAGCAGUAGCAACAACAAUAAAUCAAACUACAGUCGAUCACGAUCACCUUCACCAACAAGAGCGCAAUCACCUUCGUCAAAACACGGAAGAUCUUCCUAUGACCGAAGAGAUAGAGACAGAGAUAGCAGAGACAGUAGAGACCAUAGAGAUAGUCGAGACAAUAGAGACAGAGACAGUAGAGAAAGCAGAGACACUAGAGACUACAGAGAUAGCAGAGACACUAGAGACAGAAGAGACGACAACAGAGACAGGGAUAGAGAUAGAAGAUAA